UAAACCACACCCACACACUUUCUCCCAAAUCUAGACCUCUCCCCCCAUUGGCUGCUAGUUACUAACAGCCUUGUACUCCUUCUGCUACUUCUACUACAAGAAGAAGAAAACAAGGCCGAGUUGCUGGAGUCUAGAGAUCGAUCGAUCGAUCAGCACACGUACGUUUAACUGAGCAGGCUCUGAAUGGUCACCAUGGGGAAGAAGGCAGCAGACCACGAAGCAGAAGGGUACAGCUGGGCCGACGACGACGGCGUGGACGCCGAGGGCCGCGCGACGGAGCUGCGUCCCCUGGCGCUGCGUCGUCCGCACACGCAGGCGUUCCACCUGGCCUGGCUCUCCCUCUUCGCCUGCUUCUUCGCCGCCUUCGCCGCGCCGCCCAUCCUGCCAGCCCUCCGCCCGGCGCUCGUCCUGUCGCCCUCGGACGCCUCCUCCGCCGCCGUGGGCUCCCUCGCGGCCGCGCUCGUGGGCCGCCUCGCCAUGGGUCCGGCCUGCGACCUCCUCGGCCCGCGCCGCGCCUCGGCGCUCUCCAGCCUCGCGUGCGCUGCGGCGCUCGCGCUGGCCGCGGCCUCCGCGUCCACCCCCGCGGGCUUCGUCGCGCUGCGCUUCUGCGCGGGCCUCUCCCUCUCCAACUUCGUGGCCAACCAGCACUGGAUGUCGCUCAUCUUCGCGCCGUCUGCCGUGGGCCUCGCCAACGCCGUGGCCGCCGGAUGGGCCAACGUCGGCAGCGCCGCGGCCCAGGUCGCCAUGCCGCUGGCCUACGACUUCGUCGUGGGCCGCCUCGGCGUGCCCAUCACCGUGGCCUGGCGCGUCGCCUACCUCAUCCCCUGCGCAUUGCUCAUCGCCACGGGCCUCGCCGUUCUCGCCUUCCCCUACGAUCUCCCCAAUGGUGCGCCCAAACAAGGGAAGAAGAAGGAGGGGUUCUGGAAGGUGGUGCGAGGAGGGGCGUGCGACUACCGGGCGUGGGUGCUGGCUCUCACCUACGGCUACUGCUACGGCGUGGAGCUCGUCAUGGAGAACGUGGCGGCAGACUUCUUCAGGAGGCGGUUCCGGCUGCCCAUGGAGGCCGCAGGGGCCGCCGCCGCGUGCUUCGGCGUGAUGAACGCCGUGGCGCGGCCCGCGGGAGGGGUGGCGUCCGACGAGGUCGGGAGGCGGUUCGGGAUGCGCGGGAGGCUGUGGGCGCUGUGGGCCGUGCAGAGCACCGGCGCGCUGCUCUGCGUUCUGGUCGGCAGGAUGGGCACCGCGGAGGCGCCGUCGCUGGCGGCGACAAUGGCGGUCAUGGUGGCGUGCGGGGCAUUCGUGCAGGCCGCGUCCGGGCUCACCUUCGGCAUCGUUCCCUUCGUCUCCAAGAGGUCGAUGGGCGUCGUUUCCGGCAUGACGGCAAGCGGCGGCGCGGUGGGCGCGAUGGUGACGAACAGGCUCUUCUUCAGCAGCGCAAUGUACACGGUGGAGGAGUCCAUCUCCUUCACGGGCCUCACCAGCCUCCUCUGCACUCUCCCCGUCGCGCUCAUCUACUUCCCGAGCUCCGGGGGAAUGCUCUGCGGCGCCGACGAGGACGACGGCCAUGUACAUAACGACGACGAUUACAUGCUUCUGAAAUGAUCCAUCCAUCCAUGUGGAAAUUGAUCGGUGCUUGCACGCGCAUGCGCUCCGUCGAUCGACCUGUAAAUACAUGUAGUGAUUGUGGAUAGUUGCAUGCAUGCUUCUGAAUUUGGGAAUGAAAAUUGCAUUCAAUUGUCUCCA